AUGGUUACAGUCAUCGUUACUGUUACCGUUACCGUCAGUGUUAUCGUCACCAUCCCUGAUACCAUUACCAUCAUGGUUACUGUCAUAGUUACUAUCACCUUUACCAUCACCGUUACCAUUACCGUUACCGUUAUUGUCACUGUUAUUGUCACCGUUACCAUUACUGUCACUAUUACCGUCACCGUCAUCGUUACCAAUACCAAUACUGUUAUCAUCAUCGUUACUGAUGUUGUUACCAUCACCGUCACUAUUACCGUUACCGUUAUCGUCACCGUCACCAUCACUGUUACCAUCACUUUCAUCAUUACCGAUACCGUCACUCUUACUGUCAUUGUUACCGUCAUCAUUAUCGCUACCGUUACCGUUACCUCAUCGUUAUCAUUAUCAUUACGGUUAUCGUCACCGUCACCAUUACUGUCACCGUUACCUUUAUCGUUACGGUUAUGCGUCACCGUUACCGUUAUUGUUAUUGAUACUGUUACCAUCACCGUCACUGUUACUGUUAUCGGUACCGUCACUGUCUUCAUUACAAUCACUUUCACCAUUACCGUCACCAUUACCGUUAAUGUUAUUGUCACCAUUAUCGUCAACGUUACCGGUAUCGUUACCGUUCAUUUCACCGUCACCUUUAUCGUUACCAUUACAGUCACCGUCACUGUUAUUUUUACUGUUAUCGUUACUGUCAUCUUAACCGUUAUCGUUACUAUUACUUUCACCGUUACCAUCACCAUCACUGUCACUAUCACUGUUACCGAUACUGUUACCGUUAUCGUCACUAUUACUAUCACCGUGACUGUCAUCGUUACCGUUACCGAUACUGUCACCAUUAUUGUUAUCGUUAUCGUUAUCGUCACCGUCACCGUUACCAUCACUUUUACCGUUAUCGUCAUCGUUACCGAUUAUGUCACCCAUACCAUCACUGUUAUCAUUACCGUCAUCAUUACCGUUACCGUGACUAUUAUCGUCAUCAUUACUAUUACUGUUUCCGUUAUUGUUAUUGUCACCGUUAUCGUCAUCGUUACCUUUACCAUUAUCGUUAUCGUUACCGUUAUCGUUAUCGUUACCAUUAUCGUUACCGUUACCAUUACCGUUAUUGUUACUAUUACCGUCAUUGUUAUUGUCACCGUUACCGUUACCGUGAUCGUUACUGUUACUGUGACUGUUACUGUCACUGUUACCAUCACCGUUACCGUCACCAUUAUUGUUACUGGCUAUUCAUAG